GAGAAGAGAAGAGGCUUCUGGACUGGAGACACUCUCUAGAGCACCGCUUCCUGAAGCUCUGUCUCUCUCUGUGUGUGUUGGGUUUGGCUAUAGACUAUAGUAGUGGUGGAGUGAAUUGGUAAAAUAUAGAAAAGGGAAUAAUGGAUGCGGGAACGGCGGUGGAGCUUGCGAAGCAGGGCUCGACGCUUCUGCUGCUGGACGUUCCUCAACACACCCUCAUCGGCAUCGAUACUCACAUGGUUUCUGUCGGCCCCGCGUUUAAAGGCAUCAAGAUGAUCCCUCCCGGUCCUCAUUUCCUCUACUAUUCCUCUUCCACCAGAGACGGAAAGGAUUUCUCACCUAUUACUGCCUUUUUCGUUUGUUCCGCACCAUCUGAGGUAAUUGUACGCAAGUGGGAUCAACAAGAGGAGAGAUUAGUCAAACUACCACAAGAGGAGGAGGAAGAGAGGUAUUGCCGAGCUGUUAGGAGUUGGGAGUUUGACAGACAUCUCGGUCCUUAUAAUCUGAGCCAGUAUGGUGAUUGGAAACGAUUGUCUAGUUACAUUACAAAGAGCACCAUCGAACGGCUCGAACCCAUUGGAGGAGAAAUUACUGUUGCUUCUGAAUCUUCCCUGCACAAAUUCACUCCUAAAACAGCCAAGGAGAAUGCUCUAGAUGAGCAGUUGAAGGCUAGUACAUUCUCAACAUCCAGUGACACGUCGAAUGCUAGAGGAUGCUACUACACAUCAAUUCCACAUGUUAUCAAACAUAAAGGAAUCGAUGUCCAGCAGCUUACUUAUUUGAAUCUUGACAAGACACAAUUAUUAGAAAGUGUACUACAAAAGGAAUAUAAUGGUUCUGAGGACAUGCUUCUUGGGGAGCUGCAAUUUGCCUUCAUUGCAUUUUUGAUGGGACAAUCACUUGAAGCAUUUCUGCAGUGGAAGUCUUUGGUCAAUCUUUUAUUUGGAUGUACUGAAGCUCCUUUCCAUACAAGGAGUCGGCUAUUUGUAAAGUUCAUUAAAGUCAUCUACUAUCAACUGAAACAUGCGCUUAAGAAAGAUUGCACAGAUGCAAGUGGUGCAUCAGCCUUGUUAGAUGAUUCAUGGUUUUCUGCUGACAGCUUUUUGUAUCAUCUUUUUAAGGAAUUCUUUUUACUGCUGCAAGAUGCCUCAAUUGUUGACGGAGAUCUUCUGUCAUGGACAAGGAAACUCAAGGCGUUGCUAGAAAGCAAUUUUGGAUGGCAAUUCGAGCAGAACAGUGCAGUUGAUGGGAUACACUUUGAAGAGGAUGAUGAGUUUGCUCCUGUUGUUGUGAUGUUGGAUGACCCAAGUUCGACUGAAGUACCAAGAUUCUAAAUGUUAACAUUCAACACUCGCAGUUUGCCCCUGUUGUUCAGAUGCUGGAUGACCCAAGUUUGAGUGAAGCCUCAUUAGGUUUAGACUUCAGACUUUACUGUGACACAAUUUUACGUAACCAACUUGAUUGGUAUAAUCAGUAAACUUAUUGUAUAGUUGAAUUUCCCAUGUAAGGUGGCUAGAUGCUACACUGUUGGUGUUAGUGUUCUACUAUAUACCUUAAUCAUUUAUCAUAAUCCAACCUCAAUCUUCCGAAGCUUA